AUGGUGCUCACUAUCCGAGGCACAGUUCCCCCGAAUCACGUCUGGUUUGGCUACCUGCGCGUUGCCACCAGGCCAUACUACCCUCGUCCCAUGCAGUGUUUUCUGUGCGGGAAGUUUGGUCACACCAAAGUUCGAUGCCCCAAUCAACCCAUCUGCCCAACCUGUGGCGAAAGCGAAAUUCACCAAACCUGUCCGAAUCCCGCCCACUGUGUCAACUGCCAAGGCGAUCACCCUACUGUCAACCGUGAAUGUCCCAACUUCCAACACGAACAGAACAUCAUCCGCCUUCGUGUGGACCUGGGCAUUUCCCAUCCUGAUGCUGUCAAGCAGUAUCGAUCUCGCCUUAAUGCUGCCACCAACUCAAAACUCCAGCUUCGUCUUGACAACGCCAAAUCCACUACCCCUGCCGAAGAAACCAGGAUCAAAUUGCUCGAGAAGCAGAUUGCUAUCCUCCUCGAGAAAAACGCCCAACUCCAAGCCCGAAUCCUCGAGAUUGAGAAGCGGAACAACACCAGUGAAGACUCGGAUACCACUCUAACCGACACCAACAGCGAAGCUUCGAUGGACAUCGAAGACCAUUCCCCAAGCGUCAACUCUACCCCAAAGCGUGGCCGAGGUUCUGAAUCCCCCGACCAGACUUCACCAGUGAGAAACACCAAAACCAGAAAAUCUACCCAACCCAACCCCCCGUGGUACGACACCCAAACCAGUUCUCGCACACCACCAGGUAACGAUCAUAGCCGCCCCAUCCCUCCCUCAACCAAAGGGUAA